AUGGACAAGGUUCUGAUGCGCUAUACUGAUUUCGGCGAGCCCAAUGAGAGCCUAACAAACGUGCAAUGUGCAACGCAGUUUGGCGACAACGAUGACGAUGACUUCCCAAAUAGCGCCAUUGGUAUGGAUGCUGGUCACCAUCAUGGAGGCAAUAGUGUAUCAGCAGGCACUCCUGGUAUGUCGCAUGACUUUAGCAUUGUGGAAGGUGACGCUGCGUCUACCGCAGAGACUCGGUCACCUGCGGACACCCACCGGCAGCGGUACCAGCAGCAGGACUCGGUUGCAUCGGCAGCUGUGACGUUUGGCGCCAAUGGAAUUACAAGCACCAACUCGGCAUCUGGCAUUUCACCCAUGCAGACAGGAUACGUAUCACAUCAGCAGCAGGCCCACUACUACCAGCAGCAACAGCAACAGCAGCAGCAGCAAAUGGGUGGCUUUGCUCAGCCAUUAUCCGCCUACCCCUACGGUAUAUCUCCGAGAUCUCAGCAGCCAAACUCCACUAUACUUGCGCCACAGCAGCAGCAACAGCAACAGCAGCAACAGCAACAGCAGCACAGCAACAGCAACAGUUUGCCUAUGCUCCGCCACUGA